GGUGCGUGGCUCUGACUCUCUCUCAGUUUACUUGAGCUCGCGAAACGGUUCGGCUGCGCCAGCCCGAGAGCAGAACACAGACUUUACAUGGCGUGACAAGGGCACCAAAGAGCAUUAACCACCUCAGACUGCCUUAAACGUACGUUCUACGUGUUUAUGUUGAGUUUUGUGUCAUUUCCCGGCGAACAAAAUGUCUCAAAGGGUUCGCAAAAACGGAUCUCCGACGUCUAACUGCAGCGGAGUGACCGCGGGAAACCCGAGCGGAUCCCCGGGGAUCAGCGCCGCUGGAGUGAGUUUACUGGGUCGCCUACUACCCAUGAAAGCCACGGUUCCCUUCCAGCUGAAAACGCAGACACAGCACCCUCUACAGACACGGACAGUCCUCUCCACCGGUAACGGUAAAUGCCACAGCAGCGGCACCCGCAGCCGGAGCCCCACGCGAUCCCUCUCCUCCAGUGCCUCAAACGUUUCUGCAGCCGCGUCCACUUCCUCUGCGACGUGCUCACAGUUCAUCACAGCCACAGCUGUUUGCUCCGCUCCCUCCUCCUCUUCUUCUUCUUCUUCUUCUUCUUCUUCUUCAUCAUCUUCAUCCUCAUCCAGAACUAGCCCCAUUAUCGCUGGGCACGCGUCAAGCCCCAGAGCGUCCCACGCGCAGGUACCUGUGCCAUCCUCGUCAUCACCCUGCACAGGUGUGCACCUGAGCCCCCAGUGCUGCUCCCCCUCUCAGCAGAUCAGCUGCAGCUCGGACACUUCAGCCCUUACCUCUCAUCUAUCAGCAUCUCCGUCUUCACCCUCGUCGCUGUGGUCUUGCGGUCACAGGGUCAAACUGCUCCAGGCCCCUGAACAUGACAGACUGUCUCCAGAGAGGCUCAGUCCCAGCUCACCUGUCUGCACAGACAAGCAUAGACUUCCUGUGGCAGGGUCUUGGUAUACCACCAGCAAUAACGGUAGCAUUCGUCGCACCUCCUCUUUGGACGCGCUCACGGCCCCUUACCUGUCUGGACACUGGCCCCGGGAUGCCAGCCACGCCCCUUGUGCCCCUUGCAUGAGGGACAAAUCCACCCAGACUCCCAGCGCCUGGGCCGAUGAAUGCGGAGAGAAGAAGAGGGGCUGUCACAAGCGCUCAGCCUCCUGCGGCAGCACUGACCAGCUAAAAGAGAUUGUGAAGCUGAGGCAGCAGCUCCAGCGCAGUAAACACAGCAGCCGUCACCAUCGCGACAAGGAGCGCAAAUCUCCCUUCAAUGGCAACCAUGCUGCUUUCAGCCAGUCACAGACGCUCCUGGGCACCACAGCGGGCAGUAACCACAGCAACAGCAGCAGCCGCUCUCAGUCCAUCUCACCCACGUUCCUGAACGUGCCAAGUGAGCCCUGCAGCGAUAGUCCAUCUCCCCAUGAGGACGAGACUCUGGCUGACGCCCGUGAGAAAGAUCUGGCCCCCAGCUCACCCCUACCCAAAUACGCCUCAUCCCCAAAGCCAAACAACAGCUACAUGUUCAAACGUGAGCCACCUGAGGGAUGUGAGCGAGUCAAGGUCUUCACAGAGGAAACACAGGCCAGGCCUCCACAGGAGAUCCCACAGUUCCUGUGCCCAGAUAGGAACAAGGUCAAUUUCAUCCCCAAGAGCGGCUCCGCGUUCUGCCUGGUCAGCAUUCCCAAACCGCUGAUGCCCACACAGGAGCUCAACAACCUCAAGAACCAGAGCGUCUCCCGUCUCACGCCCGAGCCUGAGCUGAGAGUCUCGAGAAGAACCUGCAUGCUUUCCCAGCAGCCCACAGGCUCCUCCCCCUCCUCCUGUCUGUCAGAGAGUUAGACAUGCCCCUCAACGAGUGUCCUAGCAACUGCGUCUGCAUACUCUGCACAUUUCAGUAAUCGAACAUGAUAAACAAAACAAAAAAAACUUUCGAGAACAAAGUGGUCAUUAAUAAUCAACGGCUUUCAUUGGGUGAGAUGAAAUGGUUAUCUUUUGCUAUGCACAUUUUUAGCUUUGUGCUUGUUCUCAAAGAACAAGGAGGCCAUUUUUGGGUGGUUUUGGGUUUGUGAUAAACGUAUUUAGCUUUUUUAUUAUUCCUCUACCUUUCAUAGAUACAAGUGAACCUGAGAAUGUGUCUCAGAUCGCUAUGAAAAUGAAUCUAAAUGAGCUUUCUCAAUGAUUCAGUACUGAUGUGGCUAUAUAGUUUUGUUUUUUGUGAGAAGCAAAGUGUAUUUUAUAAUAGUUUGCAGUGGAUCACGUUUGCGAGAACCGUUUCUAUCGUACUAGGACCAGCACAUCAUUGAAUACAAAUGAUGCCAUUUCAGAUGAAGAGACCAAGAGACCUGGUAGAAUGAAUUCUGGGACUGAAUUGUUUUCACAGUAGUAGGCCUUCUCCGUUCAGUCCGGACAAAAGCAGCAGGGGAACAUGAGGAACCGGUUCUCUGCUUUUUCUCCUCUUCCUUUCUCACUGGUGGCGAGGAGACCGAAAGGUGCUAAAGAUAAGAAUAGCGAGAGAGAUCGCCGCUUAACAGCUACAGGACGAGUGGCCUGUAAACCCGAUUCUUUUGUUUGCAUUCAAAUGCAUAUGGGUCCAAACUCUGAACUUCACCCCAGCAGGGAACAAAGUGAUAAAGUGAAAGGAGGGCUCGACAGGAUCUGGGUGGACAGACGGGAUGUUUUCUCUCCUCUCACAAUGAUUAAGCCGAUUUAGCUCGAGGAAUGUUUGAAAGAAGGACACGACAAGUACAAAAUCGACUUGCGAAAAUGUAACGCAUAAAUUUCCAAGUAGUGAACAAUUCAGAUAUCAAAACAUUCAUGUAAUGUUUCCUGUGAUAUCCAAUGAAAUAGUUUACAAAGUCAGAGCACAAUACUGUCAUUAGAUUGAUUUAAUGCAUGCAUUCUGGGAAAUUUCAGUCAAAUGUGUGUGUGUGUGUG